GCUCACACUUCUUGAGUUCUUUCCCCCUUCAGCCACACACUUCUCUGAAUUUCCUUUUCAUCAUUCUCAUCUCUCUCCCACGCGCUCUCAAAAAAACACACAUUAUAGCUUGAAGUAGCAAAAAUAAACUCAAGGGCAGUCCCAAUUCAACUCUUCUGGACAGACAAAGUUACAAUUUUGUGAACCAAGAAGAUAACUGUUAAGGGGUUUGUGUGGAUUGCUGCAUUGGAGGGGUGUUAUUAUAGAGGUUGUAAAGUGAAGGUCCAUGAUAGGAUUAAGAUAAGGUUAAAGAACAAUGGCUGCUGUUGCUUCCCUAGUGAACUUGGGAAGUGGUUGCACUUGCACUUGUUCUUCUGGGAAAUUUGAAGGUUCAUUUUCAUUGAUUAAGCGGGUUUCUUACUCUAGGAAUUACAGGGCUUCUCCAAGAAUUUGGGUUGGUAAGAGAUGGAGAUAUGUGUCGGUCUGUAGAUUCUCAGUGACCACCGACUAUAUUGCUGAUCAGGGUACGUCAAUAUCCCUUGAUUCCACAUUUAGAGGAAGUAAUAGUGAUGAUGCUGAUCUUGUCCUUAAGCCAGCUCCAAAGCCUCAGUUGAAAUCUGAUUCUAGAGCUGAAAACCUUUUAGGAAUAGAUUCUCUUGAUUGGGAUGGAUCCAAACUUAGCUCGGAUUCUGAAGAUGAAAAGGUGAACAAUGAUGAAGAAGAGAGAAAUAAAGUGAUUGAGUCACUUGGUGAGGCAUUGGAGAAGGCUGAGAAACUGGAAACAAGUAAGAAGGUUAGUGUUUCAGUUAGUAAAUCACCAGCUAAUGGUGGUGCUAACAAAAGUGAUGGUAAUUUAGUAAAUUCGGGAUCCAGUUCCAAUAAGAAGUCUAAGACAUUGAAGAGCGUGUGGCGAAAGGGGAACCCAGUUGGCAGUGUACAAAAAGUUGUGGAACCUGCAAAGCAACGGCCAAAAAAUGAUGUUGCAGGGAAGAUUGAAUCUCAAACUGUUUCUCCUCUAGGAACCCCUAAGCCAUCACAAAAUGUUCGACCAAGGUUACAAGCAAAGCCUUCUGUUGCUCCUCCCCCUGUGGCUAGAAAACCUGUCAUUCUGAAGGAUGUUGGAGCUGCUCCAAAGCCGUCAUCUGCGAAUGUAACUGACUCUUCCUCUCAGACCAAAGAAAGAAAGCCAAUAUUGAUUGACAAGUUUGCUUCUAAGAAACCAGUGGUCGAUCCUUUGAUUGCGCAAGCUGUUUUAGCCCCACCUAAACCAGGAAAGGGUCGUGCACCUGGAAAAUUGAAGGAUGGAAAGUUGAAGGAUGAAAAGUCCAAGGAUGAAUUUCGUAAAAGGGGUGGUCCAUCUGGAGGCCUACGUAAGCGUAUAGUUGAUGCUGAUGAUAUUUCUGAUGAGGAGAUUCCAGAGCUUGAUGUUUCAAUUCCUGGUGCUGCCACAGCAAGGAAAGGAAGAAAAUGGACAAAGGCAAGUCGUAAAGCUGCACGACUCCAGGCAGCUAAAGAUGCUGCGCCUGUUAGGGUUGAGAUCUUGGAAGUUGGCGAAGAAGGUAUGCUAACAGAGGAGUUGGCGCACAACUUGGUCAUCAGUGAAGGUGAGAUUUUUAGAUCUUUAUACUCAAAGGGAAUCAAACCUGAUGGUGUGCAAACUCUCAGCAAAGACAUGGUGAAGAUGAUCUGUCAGGAGUAUGAUGUUGAAGUUAUUGAUGCUGACCCUGUGAAAGUGGAGGAAAUGGCAAAAAAAAAAGAAAUUUUUGAUGAAGAUGAUGUCGACAAGUUGGAAGACAGGCCUCCUGUUCUGACCAUCAUGGGACACGUGGACCAUGGGAAAACCACACUUUUGGAUUACAUCAGGAAAAGCAAGGUGGCAGCAUCUGAAGCAGGUGGAAUUACUCAAGGCAUAGGGGCAUACAAGGUACAAGUACCUUUUGAUGGCAAGCCACAGACUUGUGUUUUCCUUGACACCCCUGGACAUGAGGCAUUUGGAGCAAUGAGAGCUCGUGGAGCCAGAGUAACAGACAUUGCUGUUAUUGUAGUUGCUGCUGAUGAUGGAAUUCGACCUCAAACAGAAGAGGCCAUUGCUCAUGCCAAAGCAGCUGGAGUGCCAAUUGUUAUUGCUAUAAACAAAAUUGAUAAGGAUGGAGCUAAUCCAGAUAGAGUCAUGCAAGAACUUUCUUCAAUUGGUUUGAUGCCAGAAGACUGGGGUGGUCAGACCCCAAUGGUUAAGAUCAGUGCUCUUAAAGGCGAUAACAUUGAUGAUUUGUUAGAAACUAUCAUGCUUGUCGCUGAGUUGCAAGAGCUGAAGGCUAAUCCUCAGAGAAAUGCAAAGGGCACAGUUAUAGAGGCUGGCCUUGAAAAAUCUAAAGGAUCUGUUGCCACAUUCAUUGUGCAGAAUGGCACGUUAAGAAGAGGAGAUGUAGUAGUUUGUGGGGAAGCUUUUGGAAAGGUAAGGGCUUUAUUUGAUGAUGGUGGGAAGCGAGUUGAUGAAGCUGGGCCUUCUAUACCUGUUCAGGUCAUUGGAUUGAAUACUGUUCCUUCUGCUGGUGAUGAGUUUGAAGUUGUUGAGUCUCUUGACUUUGCUCGUGAAAAAGCUGAGUUAUGGGCUGAAUCAUUGAGGAAUGAACGCCUGUCGGCAAAAGCUGGAGAUGGAAAAAUUACACUUUAUUCCCUGGCUUCUGCUGUUUCAGCAGGAAAGCAGGCUGGAUUGGACUUGCACCAGCUGAAUCUAAUUCUAAAGGUUGAUCUUCAGGGAUCCAUAGAAGCUGUUAGACAGGCCCUUCAGGUCCUUCCGCAAGAAAAUGUGACUUUGAAGUUCCUACUACAAGCAACUGGGGAUGUGAGCACCAGUGAUGUUGACCUUGCUGUCGCUAGUAAUGCCAUUAUAUUCGGGUUCAAUGUGAAAGUCCCUGGUUCUGUCAAGAGCUAUGCAGAGAACAGGGGUAUUGAGAUUCGGCUGUACAGAGUUAUAUAUGAACUUAUCGAUGAUGUGCGGAACGCUAUGGAGGGACUACUGGAGCCUGUUGAGGAACAAGAGCCAAUUGGUACAGCUGAAGUACGAGCUGUGUUCAAGAGUGGGAGUGGGCAUGCUGCUGGAUGCAUGGUAAUGGAAGGAAAAGUUGUGAAAGACUGUGGGAUUCGGGUUGUGAGAAAAAGAAAAGAAGUCUAUGUUGGCAAACUUGAUUCACUACGACGGGUUAAGGAACUUGUGAAAGAGGUAAAUGCGGGACUAGAGUGUGGAAUAGGAGUAGACGACUUCGAUGGCUGGGCGGAAGGGGAUGUUAUUGAAGCCUUCAACACCCUGCAAAAGAAAAGAACACUUGAGGAGGCAUCAGCCUCAAUGGCAGCUGCUCUUGAAGAAGUUGGAAUAAAGCUGUAGAGAAGGUAUCAAUUGUUGGUUUUAGCUGACCUGCAAUCUUGAUUUUGUCAAGACAUAGUUUCUCCCUUUUCCAGAGGUGAAUUUACCACGGUUUCAAGUGCACUCGGCCUGGGAGUUGGGUCUGUCUUCACUAACUGACAAGUAUACUCAGAUGCCUUGGACAUGAGCUUGGGAUUUGGCCAUCAUGGGUUGUUGUUGCAUUGUUUGUAAAUAGUGGUAUAUAUUAGAUUUGAGCUCCAUUUUGUAGAGAGCAACUGAGCAUGAUAUCCACCAUUGUUUUGAACUGUUCAGAUUCAAUGAAGAUACUAAGUGUAACACACCAAGUCAUGAAAAGAGUAAAGAUCCAAAAGGAAAGAACGAAUAUGAUGCAGCCUUUUUGCUGCCACAGCUUGUUCAACUGAGCAAUAGACUCCCCUCUUCUGGGUGUAAUUUCCUUCAGGCUGUACCACAGCUACUCUUACUGGAAUGCUGAGAUGAAAAUACAAUAUGACCAGAAUUCAAGUAUUUAUUUGUGUU